AUCCGAGUUAUGAAUAAACCACAUCGAAAAUCAGCUAAUCAAAGUCGGAGGAGUUCCGGCCGUAGCAUCAUGAGUAACCCAGUACGAACGGAGAAUCCUGCAGAGCCCAGGGUAAUAUCGGAUAUGAAUAUCCCGCCUGCUGAUAUCCCAAAGAUUAAAUGGCACGAAAUUCUUGACGAUGCGGAAGAAGAUUUAGUCGUCAAUCACAUUCGAGAAGAAAUUAUUCGCGACGUAAUGAAAGUGAUAUACAACAGACACCUCGAGAAAAUGUCGUACGCCUUUGUUGUUCAUUGUUCAUACCUCGCAUGGAUGCAGUUCUUUGAUCUUCUGUAUUUAAAACAUGACCCUGGAGAGAGUGUGCAAACGAUUGCUGAAAACUGGUCGUAUGACAAAGCACCGGAUCCGGUGCCUGUGGAUCCGUGGGCAUGUCGUAGAAUGACCGUUCGUAAGGUUGAAAAAGAGUCUGAAGAAUUAGAGACUUGCACAGCGUUGUGCUCAACGAAAAUUGCGGAAGUUGGAUCCCCAAUAUCAGUUCCUUCGUUUACGUAUCCAUUCCCAGAAGCUGAUAGCUGCAUCCAGUUAUCUGUAAGCUCCUAAAAAAUUGUAUCUCAUAUAAAACUUUUCAAAUAUGACGGUACCUGUGCCCGCCAGUAAUUUUUAUAGAGUGGUUCUCAUCCACCUAGCUGAUGUGUAUUUGUAGCGCUAGUGAUCAAAUACCAAAGAGUCGAACCAUUAAGUAACGUAACUCAAUGGUGGAACCCUACUCUGUUGGUAUAAAAAAGUCAGUUGGUAAGUAUCAAGGGAAGUGUUUUAUCGUCAGAAUAAUGUGCGACCGAUCGGUCUCUGCAUUAAUGAUAUAUUACCCACAGAACAUUUCAGAAGUAACAUUUGAAAAAUUGGUAAAUUAACAUUUGAAAUUGGAUAAAACUCCUACAAAUGCAAUUGCCAAAUUUUCAAUAAUUGCAUUGUAACAAUAUCGCAAUGAGAUCUUUUAUCCUUGCUUAGGCCGUUAUUUAUCCUCAUGUUUUUUCUUGUCUCGACUAAAAAAAAAAAAAACAAAAAAAAAACUAUUGAUGGAAACUCAUUAGUUGAAAUAAUCUGCGAAACAAGAAUUUGGCUUCCGAAAAAUCGUUCCGCAAGUUACGAACGUCAAACUCACAUAUCCCCGGAUCCACCCGGGUACCGGCACCUUUUUACGGUUUCUAUUCGUUGAAUGAUCUUGUUUGACUCCGAUAAAAAUAAAAUGUGUUAUUAAAUAACCGUGACGUCAAUUGAGGUCAAGGUGUGCUUGAAAGGUGAUGUAACAUGUCAUGGGCCAUUGCUCGCAAGUCACCCUAUUCUCUUUAUUCUAUUUGCUGAACUUAAUACUAUUUUAUUAUUCGCACAAUUAUAGGUGAAAAUUGUCUGUACUUUGACAACAAAUUCAACGGCAAAAGUUUUACAUUUUAUUCUUUACCUAGGACGUAUGGUCCGGCAAACCCGAGGGCAAACCACAAGGGUCGAAACUGGACGUAAUCACGGAUGGGCCUUCGUUGACUGACGGUGAUAGUAAUUCCUCCGCUUCUUCAAGCCAGAGCCAACGUUCUAUAUUCACACGUACCAUCUCCAUGGUCAAGGCUGAUCUUCCGGUAUCGUAAAUAAUCCCAAUUCUAGUCCUAAUCCAAUAUCUCAUGCGCGAAAUUAUAAAGCGUUGAUAAAAUUGACGAGAGAUAUAUGCGUUCACGAAAAAUGCCUACACAAGUUUCUUAAUCUUGAAUGAAGUACAAUAUUUUCCCAAUUAAUCAGCGCUACCCUGUUGCCUCUGAUUGAUCGUUCCGGUCUGUUUGUUUUUUUUUUGUCUUCCUUCCAAAAAAUAAUCUAUUCAUCCAAAUUCAUCCAAAAAAUUUUGAGAGCUUGGAGAGCACUUACGAUUACAUCCAAAAUCUGAUUCAAUACACAUCCCUCGAUAUGAUUAAAAGAAAAAAAAAAUAAAUCACGCACAGGCCAGAAAGAAUAUUUGCCUGCGAUUUUUGUUUUCAAUAUCGGACUCAUCAGAAUCACUACUUGAACUAAUGAGGCCUCAUAAUUAUAGGUGAAGAGGUGGCAGUCGCAACAGAGCUCAAACUCAAAAGAUCAUGACAACUGCGUGAAAGAUAAAACAUCCCGUGGAAUCGCGGAAGUAUUACCUCCCGAACCACUGGACCUUCAGACGCUGCCGUCAGAUAGGUAAGUUUUAUAUGAAUUUCAUCGGUAAAUCAUGAUUUUCUCGCCACGUGAUCGUCUGCACGUACAAGAACGUGCGUAUAGGCGUUAAAGUUCCAACGAAAUUGCUGCAAAGAAGAGCAAAUCCCGUGUGGUCAAAUGGUCGAAUCUGUGUCACUGCUGUUUGUCCAUCCUCCUAUGUAAGAGCGAGGACUGCCCGCUCAUUUCAUGGAACUAAUUUCAUUUAUGUAGGUAGAUCUACGUGCGCACACAUGCGCACAUCUGUAUGACAAAUGCAUUGCUUUGUGUACAGAUUAGAUUAUACAUUUAGCGUACUUCUUUAAUUAAUUGAUCGUUAGAUUCUCCGAUGUCAUAAGUACGGUGGAAUGAACAACGACAAAGAAACUAAUGAUCAGUGUUCUCUGGCGCAAUUAUGUAAUUACAUAAUGCGUGCGUAUAUAUGUAUACUACGUGCAUACGUCGAAUGUAUGUAUGUAUGUAGUUGUAUCGGAGUUGUAAACAGGCGGGUAAACGACCUGCCCUAUUCAAUUCUCCCAGUACCAGAUGGCAGCAGCUAUCGCUUUUUUUAGAUUUAAUCUUAAGACAGCAUCAGCCGAGAUCUUCAGAAUCCAGCAUCGCUGCUGUUGACUGCCGACACUGACUAUGCUCAGGAGAUAUAUGUAUGCCGGUAGAUGAAAUCUCAGUUCCAAAGACUUUGGCUGAAAAAUUUCCCCGUGCUAUGAACUGGGAUUCAUAUCGGAAACUUGAGUAAUGAAAUAUUAUGUGUUAGAAACUUACGAGCAAAAGAAAAAAAAAAAUUUAUCGUAUCUCGUAAGCCUCCGGUAUUGCUCACGUUGAUACAACCAACGAUUGCACGAGGAGGGUCUAGGUAAAUACCAUUCUAAAUUUAGUUGGCCCUGUGAAAAUAUUUUCACCUCGAUUUUUACACGAUACUAUAAAAUUCACUUUAGAUCACGUACCCACACUCACGUGAAUUGUAUUUGUCCGUACGUGGAGUACACCAAUACCAAUACCAAUACCCACAAAUCGUGCGGAUCUGUGAAUGGAGAAUAUAUUUUUUUAAGAGCGCCUAUACGUGCUGUAUUUGCCGGCGUGUCUGGACUUCGAGAAAGCUGUUGAUCACGCAUUGCGUCAGAUGUUUCACACGUGCCCAUCUCGAUAGAAGUAGUACAAUUAUUAUUUUCGUAUUUCCCUCGAAGAGGAAGAGAAAGAAAUCAGGAAAAACGUAGGAGCUAUUCUACGUAAAACCAGAUCGUACACGAUCGUGGAACAAUUAUCAGAUUCGGACCGGAUUCCGCAAUUAAUUGCAAUACAGUGGGAUGCAUAUGAAUAUUACUCGGGAAACGCAGCGCUGAAUUUUAAUAUACAUAUGUAUAUAGGUAUGUGGUUGGAACAAACGUGAUUAAAAGCUUGAACGGAUACGAUAGAGUGCAAUCGCUGCCUCGCAAGUCCGAGCGAUAGGAGCCACUCCAACAGCGGUUGGUAUAAUCAGUGGCAACGGCAAAUUAUAGAAUACGAGCGCACGAGCACUAGACCCAAAGCAGCAGCAGCGGCGAUAUAAGCAGUUGCAGUUAUAGCGUCGUGCGUAUUCAUCUCGGUACAUAGCGUAUAUUUGUUUCGCAAUCGUCAAUUUAUACAAUUCACAAUUUACCAUGAGUGAACGACCUUCAAUCUUUCAGAGAUACGGCCGCCGGUGCUUUAUCAGCGCCUCCUGCUCCACGUCUGGCAAAUAAUUUUAGCCCAACACAAUAUAAUCAAGUUUUCCCUACCCCCGUCCGCCCGAAUGAUAUAAUCUCCUCCCCCGUCUCUCUCACCACGUCAAAUAAUCUCACAAAUACGCGUGACGUAAACAUUCACCUGUAUAUACCUUCAUCUAUGUCAUACCUAUACUCACUCGAAUAAACGAGUAAAUAAAUAAAUGCUGCAAUCGACAUUGCUGCACGUAACAUAUCGUCGCAUAGACAGUACGUACGUACGAGCGGACAGCGAUGAUCUUCGCGUUGACGCGAUAUUUUCAAAAGAUCCACAAGAUCCCGCGCCGCUGUGAUAAACCCUAUACCGCAUCUUCGACCGGUUUGAUUUCUGUCUCUCCCUCACGAAACUAAUGUAUGCGAGAGAACGCAAACACUGCACCCAUACUUGACCGCGCUUUAUGAAUAAGUUGUUAUCGUUAAUUAGCACCGGUGCAAACGGCGGCUCGGUUUUGUAGCAAAAACGAUGAGGCGGGGUGCCACGUACAUACGUUUCGCUAUUUACCCCGGUCUUCCUCACUGCGUCGGUUUCGCGUUUCUACGUACAUCUAUGAUACAUUCGUACACAGUUGCCUCCUUAUAAUUUUGGCGGAGUUUCUCGAGGAGAGCCAAAAAUAUACAAAUUGCAAAAACAAGACGUUCGUUAGACAAAUAUACUCGAUACGAUCUUCAUACCUGUAGCUAUACGGCAAGUAGAUUCAGCGAUACAAUUAUUACGUCAGCGUAUUUGCUUUGAUAAGAAGACGAGGGCGGGAUAAAUUUUGACGAACGGCCCGGGGUCCCGCGGGUCGCCGUACCGAAACCUAACGGAUAACACGUUUUUACGGUGAGCAAAAAUUAUAAGGUACGUUAUACCUGUGCAGAGAUUCGCGAAUCUCACCUGAACGAUCUGAGAGACGCACGUGCCGGGCGAAAUGUUUUGCAAUAAUUUGUUCUCUUCCUACCGGUUAUAUUUAGAUUCAGACUACGCGAAAACAUUCGACGUCGCGUUUGAUAACCCGCGGAGAAAAACAAAUUUACGGAAAAAAAAAAAAAGGAAAAAAGAGAACAAAUGGAAAAAGAAAAUGAAAAUAAAUUAGAGGGAAAAGAAAAUACGCUAUACGCGUACAUACGACGGGACGAAAUGAAACAAUAAAAAAUAAAAUAGAAAAACAUCACGUAUACCGCGCAUCGACACCGCGACGCUGAUAUUUUUAAUCAAUCGAUAUACAUAUACGUCCAGCGACUGUCAUCUAUAAUACUUGAAUUUAUUCGCACGCGCCGCGCAUAAAUUAUUUUCUUAUUACUUUCGCUUCGUUGUAUAGACCACGUGCAUGCAUGCUUAUGCAGGGUAAUGGAACGCCGGCCGCAUCGCUUCUUCAUUUCGUCUAUGUUCACUUUAUACGUCACGAUUGCUUAUCGGUAAAUAGCAUUUAACGCAUCUGUAUACAUACAGUAAUAGCUGUAAAAACCUCUAGUAAUUAGCGACACCGCCCAGAUAAUCCUCUCACAUUCAUCAUCCUCGGAGUAGUUGGAGAUUCAACGGGGAAACCGUGCGCGAGAAAUCAUUUUUCAUAUCCUCGUAGAUAUUUCAAAUUUCGGUUCGACGGUAACCUGAUAAUUUUUUGGCAACUAUUUCACUCACCUUUAUGCAUGAC